UCCGACUUAAAUCUGGACUUAAUUGUUGUCAACUUGGGAGGACUGAAUCACGCGGGUUGUAGGUCCAAGUCUUAAUGGUUGAGGUAGGUGGGAAGCAGAUAAUAGGUGUAAAAUGAGUCGUUAUUUCCUUCGCUAUGUCCAAGGAUAUCUCUGCAAGUGCAAUACCGGUACUCCAUAUUAUAUGCAUUUCCCACACUCUCCGGCGCCAGCGCUUUUCAAACUCUCCUCAAUCAUCAUCAUUGACAUCAAAUCAUGGCUCCCCUCCCCUAUCUCUCUUUUCCUGACUCCUGAUCGAAUGCCAAACUCCAUGCUGCUGAAGUGCAGGAAGACCGUAACACCGACCAUGCAAUAUCCAAUAGCCUUCUCGCUUUUGAUGUUAACCAUUACCAAACAUGUUGCAGGAACUCAAAUGCUUAUAUCAACGCUAAAUCCAAAGAAAAUGUGACUGCCGCUGCGCAUGUUCAGGGAAGUGCUGGGAACAUGAGUUGAUCGUCGUCGCAGCGUAAGUGAAGCAUGGCAUCGUGUCGUAUCGUUAAGACCGCGGGGCCUUAUAGACCGG